AUGACUACAAAUAAGCUCCAGACCUUGAUACUUUCAGUGGCGCUAGCUACCACUGCGAGUGCCAAGUCAGACGCGACUAGCACGCAGCCGGACUGGUUCCAAACGUCGCCCAACAGUUAUGCUGGAACUACGGCAACUGGUUCUGCCCCUUUUCUAGCAGAAACCAAUCCUGCGCCGUUCGGACAGUCGACUUUCAUCCCAAAUGCUCCAUUGGAAACCUCGGAGCCUAUCAAGGGUGCCAAUGGGCGAAAUAUCUUUCAGCUCAUGGGAGAUCAAAGCCCUUAUUUUUCCCCGGCUGAAGGCUUCGGCGCCGACGAGUAUCCGCUUCCCAAAGGAGCCAAAAUUGCUCAAAUGCACAUGCUUCAGCGCCAUGGCUCAAGAUAUCCUUCCUCUUCGGAAGGUCUAGAUUCGUGGGCGGCCGGGAUUGUCAACGCAAGCAAGCAAUUCACGGGCAAGCUAGAUUUCUUAAACGACUGGUCUUACAAACUGGGCAAAGAAAUCCUAGUUCCAAAGGGGCGCCAAGAGCUAUUCGAUAGCGGCAUCUUGAACUACUACAACUACGGCCAUCUCUACGAUAACUCAUCGAAGCUUGUCAUCCGUACGACUUUGCAGUCUCGCAUGCUUGAAAGUGCAGAGAACUUCCUUGCUGGCUUCUUCGGCCUUGAGUGGAGAAAUCAUGCUAACAUUCUGGCUACAAUUGACUCUGCCACUACGGGUGAAUAUGCAUGCACCAAUGAAGGGAAGACGCUGGCUUCGAUCGCAACCCCCGUUGGUACCUGGAUGGCGACAUAUUUGAAAGAGCGAACGGCCGAGCUGAAAAAAUUAACUGGUAACUAUGACUGGACCGUCACGGACACCUACCAUGCUCAAAGUCUAUGCCCUUAUGAAACGAUCAGCGUUGGCUACAGCGACUUUUGCGAUCUUUUCACCUAUGAGGAAUGGAAGGGGUAUGAGUACUUGAUGGAUAUCGAGUUUGCCGCCAUGUCCGGCUUCUUGAGCCCUACAGGUCGAGCACAGGGACUUUAUUGGGUCGAAGAGUUUCUCGCUCGAGUCGAGGGUCACCUCUUGAAUGUACCUGCCAAUACCACCGGGGCUAAUUUGACUCUGGACACUAAUCCAGUGACAUUCCCUCUGAACCAGCCGUUGUACUUGGAGUUCACUCAUGAUGCGAAUAUCAUAGCUGUGCUCACUGCUUUUGGAUUCACUCAAUUCAACAACUUUUUGCCUCUUACUGGUGCUCCCAAAAACCAGCAAUUCUCCACAAGCAAAUUGGUCCCCUUUGCCGGUCGUUUCAACAUCGAAAUCAUCACUUCGCCGCACAAGGUCUCUGCGACACGUUCUUCGAAAUCGUCGGCCAAGGACUACAUUUCCGGUACCGGUGAAACUCAUUACGUGCAUUUCAUUCAGAACCAGAGGACUGUUCCACUGCAUAAGAGCUUUGGAGCUUGCGAGAAACGCGACGAUGGCUGGUGCGAACUUUCAACAUUCUUGAAGGUGCAAAAGGCGAACUUGGCCAAGGCCGAGUAUACGUAUGCAUGCUUCGGAAAUUGGACCAUGAAAGACUAUGGUGUUGUUAGAAACGGCGUUCCCGCAUAA